AUGUUUGCCCGCUCCAUCGCCCUGACGGCGGCUCUACUCGCCCUGAGCGGUAUCGCGAAUGCCCAUGGGUCACAUUCCAAUGAGAACCCCUCUUCAGACUGGGCGGUACGGCACAUGCAGGAGGAACACCACGUUGAUGGUUUCGAUGCUGCAUCCUUCUUCACCCUUCACGACUACGACUCCUCCGGUGCCUGGACAGCAGACGAGGUCCGGAAAACCUACGGUCUUGACGAUGAAUCAAACGCGGGUGUGAGUGAAGAGCGCAAACAACAAGCGGUGCGGGAGGUGUUCAGUCUGUUUGACCCUACGAAUACUGGUGUCAUCUCGCGCGACAACUGGAUGCGUCUUGUUUCGGGCGGUACUCGUCUACCGGACUUUGGCUUUGGGCCAGGCCACCAUGGCGAUAUUGAAUACGAAUAUGAGAUCCAUCACUUUGAGAAGUAUCAUAGUGAAGAUUCUACGGAGGAGGAGCUCAACCAUCCCGAGGAUAUCGAACACUUCAGGAGACACGACGAGGAGGAUGCGGCGGCGGAUAGACUGGAGGCGUUGGAGCGGAUGCAGAUCGUUGAGGCCAAUAUUCCCCGGAACUGCUUUUCAGUCUCACAGGGCCUGCUUAAUGAAUGUAACCCAGAAGCCACAUACUAA